CGUGACGGGCUAAGCUAGUUAGCGUUAGCUUUCUCCUGCCAAACCUCACCGGUUCGUGUUGCUGGCAGUCCUGCAUCAUGUUCAGAGCCGCCGUCCGACUGUCUGUCUCCGGUGUCCGGAGUUUAACCCGUACCCAGCCAGGGUGUCGAGCUGUUUUGGCCUCAAGGUGUUACUCGCAUGGGAAGCAAGAGACAGAUGAGGAGUUUGAUGCCCGCUGGGUCACCUAUUUUAGCAAGCCAGACAUUGACGCAUGGGAGCUGAGAAAAGGGAUGAAUACAUUGAUUGGUUACGAUCUGGUACCUGAGCCAAAGAUUCUGGAGGCUGCACUGAGAGCCUGUCGGAGGUUAAACGACUUGGCCAGCGCUAUCCGAAUUUUGGAAGCUGUGAAGCACAAAGCCGGACCUCAUAAAGACAUCUACCCGUACGUGAUUCAGGAGCUGUGGCCAAUAUUAAAUGAGCUUGGCAUCUCCACUCCUGAAGAGCUUGGCAUUGACAAAGUGUAAAUGAAUAUCUUACGGUAGAUCCCCAGGACACAGAACCCUUGUACUUAAACGUUUGCCUCAUGUAAUAUGUGUGAUAUUUAAUUUGGCCUUUAUUAAGUUCUGUUGCUUGUAAAAUAUUGAUGAACCUAAUAAAGGAAAAUGUAUCUUUAUUGAGUGUCACAAGUAUUUUUGGAUAUUAUAUUUGGAAUAGUUUAAGUACGUAUUGAAGCAAGAUAUCGUCAUAAGUUGCUUUAAUAGGGAUCAGUGUCAAUUUACGGAGCAUGUUGUUCAAAUGUGUCGAGACAUUCUUGUGAGUCACAUUUUGCCACCAGGGAGCAGCGUUUUCACAUGAAUGUAAAAAAUCGUUCUACUGUAUUCAGUCUAUAUUUCAUCUGUUUUCAGGGAGAAUUUACAUGCUGAUUAAAUAAACUUGUUCCAAUGGCA